CCUGCAUCUGAACCUUAUUACGUUUCGGAGAAAACUGAAAGGUAGAGUCUAGCUACGUCCAAAAAGUUUUGCUUUGAUAGGAGAUAGAUCUUAGAACGAAUGUAUAUGAUGAAUACGAUCCUUUGUGCCUGGAUUGUAGACUGUAGUAAGUGUUUAAGACAUUUUAAUAUGGGAGAUAAUGAAUGAGGCAAUAUCAUAAAUUGCUGAUGAUGUGAAUUGAGCACCUUACUAAAAUUUCAAGGCGCCACUAGAUUAUUUUAUAUAUAUAGGCACCUUCAUCAACACACCAGGCAUUUCUAUCUGCCACCACCAAAAAGAAAAAAAAAAGAAAAAAGAAAAGGUCUGAACAUGACUUCUUUCGUCAGUUUAUCAUCACCAAGAAAUGUUUACUCCUAUAUCGCAGUUGUCUUGCUUCUUGGUUUGAUGCACUUUGGCAUUUGUUUCGGAAGUAAUCGAAAUGAAAAAUUGUUUGAUAAGCAUGCAAUUUUGUCACCAUUGAAAAGGGUAACACUGGAAUUGGAAAGGAGCAAAAUGAGCGCAUAUGAAUCUGUUGGGUUGUCUGCGGAUAAGAAGCCUAUUCCUCCGUCGGGUUAUUCGCCGGGCAUGAAGAGCCAUAAAUUGAUCAUUACAUCGAGUGAUGUCCCAAAAACUAAGCUAUCUCCCUCUUCAUCUGGUCCUUCACCAGAUGAAGGUCAUUUCCCAAUAAGUACGGAAUCUGUCACCUCCAUCAACUCCUUUAGGCACUAAAAUUUUGCACUAUAAUGAUUUGUAUGUUAUUUUCCCAAAUUUUUUCGUUUAAUUAAUUUUCUCC